UUUUUUUUUUUUUUUUUACUUUGGAGUUUGGACAGCUCUACUCUCUCGUCGAUUGCGAUUUCAUCUUCUAAAACCACUCAACCUUCUUUGUCUGUUUCACUGUCAUUCCUUCUGAGAAAAGGGUACCACAUGGUUGAUAUGUAGAGGGGGAAAGCGGUCGACUUUAUUCUGGGUCUCUUCUCCACUGUGUUCCUCAAUAUGCGCACCUUCAAUCCUUCAAGUUUUUGAGGGUUUUUCCUCCUCAAUCCAGCUCCAAUCCACAAUGGCGAGGAUUUGGGUCGCUUUUGGUCUCCUUUUUCUUCUUAUUUUUGGUGGGGUUUCUUCUGCUUCAGCCACGCCUCCUGCUAAAAUUGUUCGAGGGGUUGUUUCGAAUGUGGUGUCUUCGCUUGUCAAGAAGCUGUGGUCGAUGAAAUCCAGCGCCAAAACUGCUGUUUCCAGCCGUUCGAUGAUGAAAUUCGAGAGUGGAUAUACUGUUGAGACGGUGUUUGAUGGCAGUAAGCUGGGAAUCGAUCCUUAUUCAGUUGAGGUGUCGCCUAGUGGGGAACUUCUGAUCUUGGAUGCUGAAAACAGCAAUAUCUAUAAGAUCUCAAUGCCAUUGUCUCGAUUUAGCAGACCAAAGCUGGUUUCGGGAUCACCAGAAGGAUACUCUGGACAUGUUGAUGGUCAUCCAAGAGAAGCGAGAAUGAACCAUCCGAAAGGACUUACUUUGGACGAGAGGGGAAAUAUAUACAUUGCAGAUACAAUGAAUAUGGCCAUCAGAAAGAUUAGUGAUACAGGAGUUACAACUAUUGCUGGUGGAAGAUGGAACCAAGGGAGUGGUCAUAUUGAUGGUCCAAGUGAAGAUGCAAAGUUCUCAAACGAUUUUGAUGUCGUUUAUGUGGGAAGUAGUUGCUCUCUUCUGGUUAUAGACAGAGGAAACAAGGCAAUUCGAGAGAUUGAACUCAACUACGACGACUGCAAUACUCAAUAUGCUGAUAGUCUCAACUUAGGGGUAGUAUUGCUGGUUGCUGCCGGUUUUUUCGGUUAUCUUCUUGCUCUACUCCAACGUAGAGUGCAGACGAUGUUUUCUAAUCCACAGAAGGAUACAAGAAGUCAUCAAAUGAUGAAAGCUACACCAGUUUCACAUUACCAAAGACCUCCUCUCAAGUCAGUGAGGCCUUCCUUGAUUCCAAGUGAAGAUGAACCAGAGAAACUGGAGGAAGGCUUCUUUGGUUCGCUUGGGAGGCUUGUCGUCAACAGCGGCUCAUCUGUGGCUGAUAUUUUUGGGGGAUUGCUGUCUGGAUUUCGAAGGAAGCCUCUCAAUCAUCAGAUCCAUCAGCAGUUUCAACCAGUUAACAGACAUCCAAAUACUUGGCCCUUGCAAGAAAGUUUUGUGAUUCGAGAUGAAGACGAGCCACCAUCCAUUGAAUCGAAAACUCCAACAACCAAAAAAACCUAUCCAUUUAUGACACAAGAACUCGAUCGAUCCCACCAUUUUAAGCCAAACAGGAGCUACUUUAGCGGGUGGGAUGGUGAAUUCCAUCAACAGCAGCAACAACAACAGCAGAUACAACAUCAUCAACAACAACAGCAGAUACAACAUCAUCAACAACAACAAUUCCAUCAGCAGCAGCAACAACAACAGCAUCAGCAACAGCAGCAAUAUCAUCAUCGCCAAUACUCGUCUGGCCCAACGACCUACUACGAGAAGAGCUGCGAGACGAAUGAAAUUGUGUUCGGUGCAAUUCAAGAACAAGAUGGACGCCGUGAAGCCAUGGUCAUCAAGGCUGUCGAUUACGGAGAUCCGAGAUACAACCAUCACAACAUUCGAGCUCGAUAUAGCUAUACCAGUAAUCCCAACUCUUAUUGACAAGAAACAGAAGGUAUAUCUUUCAAUGCUUCGAGUUAGUGAAAUGGGGAAUAUAUGUGGGCGUAGGAUUAGGAGUCCAGGAUAUGUCUUGUUUGUUUAAGCCAAAGUCCAAACCAUGUUUUUAUGGGGAGGAAUGCUAGUUUUCGUAGAGUUCAUGCAUAAUGAUAUAUGUAGUAUUCAUCUGGUCGCUCGAAAUCAAGGAUACUUGUGCUUGUUAACAUCUCGUCCCCUCGUAUCGUGCACUGUAAAAACUCAUAAAACAAAAGGAAUCCUGAACGUCUUGGUUGCAAGACUUCAUAUCUGUAAUGUUGGGUCUCUCUUACCAUAUUUUGAUCCCA